AUGAGACACUCAGAUCUCUACCAGCCAGCAAUAUACCGUGUCUCAGAAGAGGGCUCAUUUGAAAUUGUUGAUGAGAAAACUACAGAUAAGGUGCCUUGGAUCCCCCUUGACCCUUUGAACCCAAAUCUGGAAAGGUAUCCAGACUAUGCUCAGGCAAAACCUUUGCAGUGUACAGUGAAGGCUGGUGAGAUGUUAUACCUCCCUUCUCUCUGGUUCCACCAUGUUCAGCAAUCACAUGGCUGUAUAGCAGUGAAUUAUUGGUAUGACAUGGAAUAUGACCUAAAGUACAGCUAUUAUCAACUUCUAGAUUGUCUCACAAAUGCCGUGAAAGUGUUAUAGCAGAGGUGGGACACUCGAGCUUGUGAUCUUCCUCUCUGAUGUGGUACAAUCAUCAGCAUCUGUGACUGGAGCAAAAUGGGACUCAAGCUAGUAGAACUGAACAUUAAGUUAUCCACAACAAAGCCUGUCAAACAGACCAC